CAUACCCGUGGCAUGGUUUGCAUGUUAGGAAGAAGACAAAACCACAUCUCCACCUUCACUCGCCAGUUCCUCAUAACAAAACCUAGCUUAGCAGAACAGAACAGACUCCAGCAGCCUAGUCUGCUGAAAUCUAAGCAACAUUCCACCCACCACCAACCUUCCUUCACACCGCCACAAUGGAUCCCACUUCCCAAGCAUCCAAAUCCCACCACCCCACCAACAUCAUUAACAGAGAUCCUCCUCCAACUAAACCCUGUGGCGGCAGUAGCAGGAGUUCAUCUUUCAUGUCUAAUUACUUGUCUCCCAGACUCCUAAACCCAUCUCACCACCACCACCACCCCCGCUCCAGCGACAAAAUGACCGCUUCCGCUGAUUUCGAAGCUUCUUCCUUGUUCCCUGCUGCUAAGGCCAAGUACUACUCCCAGCAGAGGAGGCAGAGUGAUGGCAGGGACGAGAAAGAGACCCUGAAGAGGGUCGUUGGAAAGCACAAAUCUUUACCCGAGGGGAAGAUCAAGAAGCAGGAUUUGGAUGUUGGUUUGGUGUUGGUGGAGGAGGAGAAGAAGAAGAAAGUUUUGGUUUUGAGUGAGAAGACCAAGAAGAAGAACAGUAGCAGCAAGAGGGACGAUGUUGAAGAUUAUGAGUUUGGGAAGAAGGAAUUGAGAAAGGAAAUGGAUCUUUUGUUGCUUGAAGGGGUUGAUGAUGUUAAGAGAAGGAGAUCCAUGAGUGAUUCGCGAGUGGAGUUGGGUGAUUCCUUAGCAAGCAAAAAUGCUAAUAUUGUCUCGGUUGAUAUGCCCCCAUUUAUGCAGAUCCAUGCCAUUGAUUGUGCCAGGAAGACUUGUGAUAGUCUCGAGAAGUUCGUUGCCAAGACCCUCGCUCUCACUCUCAAGAAGGAGUUUGAUAGUGUUUAUGGUCCGGCAUGGCAUUGCAUUGUAGGGACAAGUUUUGGGUCCUUCGUGACCCAUUCAGUUGGUGGGUUUCUCUAUUUCUCAAUGGACUCCAAAUUCUAUGUCCUCUUGUUUAAGACUACAGUCCAGAGAGCAGCAGUUUCAGUUGAAUAAUUGGGAUUACAGGACGAACCCAUUGAAAUAGAACCACAAACUCUUUCAUUCCUCUCUGUCAUAGAUUAGAUCAGUUUUGUGGAGCUGAAAGAGCUGGGGCAGAAGCUAAAAAGAACUGCUGUCUCUUCUACAUAUCUGUAUUUUGAGGAUUAAUUUUUUUUUUCUCUUUGGCUGUAGAAACUAGGAAAGCACCAAAGCAAAUGUGUGAAUAUGAUAUGGAAAGUUUUCACCUUUUCCACCCUUUGUUUCAAGGACCCCAUUCCUUCUUUUACCACAAAGUUCUCCUAACUUACUGAGUAGUUUCACUGGUCAAAAUUGCUGCUGCUUUCUCUCCCCGGCCACUUAGUUUCUGAAUUCCAUAGCAUUACAACCUGUUCUAGUUUUAAUGUUUGUGAUGAAUAGAUAGAUAGAUUACUA